AUGAGACUCGCUAUCGUUGCCGUCACCGCGGUACUUCUUGCCUCUUCCAACGCCAUGCCUUUAGGGUAUGCAGAUCAAGAAAUUAGCCAAUCCACUUCAAAUUUCUCAUCCAACUCAACAAUUAUCUCUAUCCCAAAUGAUAAAAUCCAAUCAGUGCUCACUUAUUUACGCUCCCAAGGUUUGAAAAUUGAAACCGUCUACUCUCCUUCUCUUAAUACUACCUCUAUUGAAGGUAUCCAAGAUAAAUCAUUUGCCUCUGUGAUGAAUGACAUCGUUACCCCAAUCUUGACCACAGGAGCAAGCAUCCUUAAGGUCUUCAUCUAA